GCUAACUUUAUUUUCCAAGUGACAAUGUAAAAUCAGAAAUAAUAUUUCUAAGAGUAUCCCAACUUCUUUACAACAAGCAAAUAUCCAUUUUCUAAAUUACCAAUGUGAGAGUAGUAAAAUAGUUUGUGGAAGUGAAAAAAUUGGGAAUUGGAGAUUUGCUCUUUACAGUUUGCUGCAGGAUACCCCUUUGGCUCAAGUGAAUGGCUGAUAUUGUAACACACCAACGUCUGGAUUCCAGAUGACCCAUAUCAAUAUCAUCUUCAUCAUCUCUCCUCAAAAAAAUCCACUGAAUUUAUUAAAAUAAAAAAUAAACAUUUUCUGGGUAUUCCAUUAUCAAACUCCAUGGCAGCAUCUCUGCAAUCUCUUACUUGUUCUUCUCCACUCUCUCAAUGCUCCUCUCACAAAUCUUCCUCUAAACCAGGCAUUUGUGUUUUCUCUUGGGCUACUCCCAAGCGUGUACACUCUUCAUUCAAUGGACUUCAGCUAAGGUUACGUCCAUUGAGAUGGGCAUCACAAAGGUCAUUUUCUGCACCUGUUGGUCAGAUUGUGAUGAUGGUUCAACCCAAAAUUCAGUUCGUUCAAGGGACCGAUGAACUUACAAUACCAGAUGUGAACUUAACCAAAUCUAAGGAUGGGACUAAUGGUGCUGCUAUAUUCAGAUUUGAUCAGCCCUCUGUCUUUGACUCAUCCAAGGAGGUCGGUGAUAUAACUGGGUUCUACAUGAUUGAUGAGGAAGGUGUUCUUUCUUCCAACAGUGUGAAUGCAAGGUUUAUCAAUGGGAAACCAGCAGGCAUUGAAGCAAAGUACAUCAUGCGCACCCCGAAAGACUGGGACAGGUUCAUGAGAUUCAUGGAACGCUACGCCAACGCAAACGGUUUGCAAUUCGUCAAAAGUUGAGGCAAUAUUGUACAUCCUUCUUUUUUUCUUCUGUAAACCCGAUUUUAGUAUGUUUAUGUGAGUUGAGUAUAUAGCUCAAAAGCUUGAAUCUUUUCAUGAAGAUUAAUGCUGCUUUCUUGUGCACCAAUUGAUUGAUUA